AAAGCUGAUUCCUGAUUGGCUAAUCCAAACAUCUCACUCUGUAUCUAUAUCCCCUCUCUGAUUCUUCCUCCUCUCUUCUCAUCCACAAAACACUAACAUAAAAGUCAAACUCCCUCACAUCAAUCCUUCACCAAGUAGCAAAAGAAGAACAAGAACACAGAAAAAAAACGCUCAAUCCGAGAGAGAGCAAUGGCUUCAACAUUCACGAGCUCAAGCAGUGUUCUGACCCCAACACCAUUUCUUGGCCAGACUAAAGGCUCAAGCUUUAACCCUCUUCGUGAUGUUGUCUCUCUCGGAUCUCCCAAAUACACUAUGGGAAAUGAUCUUUGGUACGGACCAGACAGAGUGAAGUACUUAGGACCCUUCUCCGUCCAAACUCCGUCUUACCUCACCGGAGAGUUUCCCGGCGACUAUGGUUGGGACACCGCCGGUUUAUCCGCAGACCCUGAAGCCUUUGCCAAAAACAGGGCUCUUGAGGUGAUCCAUGGGAGAUGGGCAAUGUUGGGAGCUUUUGGUUGCAUAACCCCUGAAGUUCUUCAGAAAUGGGUCCGUGUGGAGUUCAAAGAACCGGUCUGGUUCAAAGCCGGUUCACAAAUCUUCUCCGAAGGCGGCUUGGACUACUUAGGCAACCCAAACCUAGUCCACGCCCAAAGCAUUUUGGCCGUCCUUGGCUUCCAGGUCAUCCUUAUGGGAUUAGUUGAAGGUUUCCGCAUCAACGGUCUUGAUGGUGUUGGCGAAGGCAAUGACUUGUACCCGGGAGGUCAAUAUUUUGACCCGCUCGGUCUAGCGGAUGAUCCGGUUACUUUUGCUGAGCUCAAGGUGAAAGAGAUCAAGAAUGGAAGGUUGGCUAUGUUCUCAAUGUUUGGCUUCUUUGUUCAAGCCAUUGUUACCGGAAAAGGUCCUUUGGAGAACCUCCUUGACCAUAUCGAUGACCCUGUUGCUAACAAUGCUUGGGCUUUUGCAACAAAGUUUGUACCUGGAGCUUGAUUUUUAUGUCUUGAAGUGAUCCCUUUUUAAUGAUAUGAACAUAAUCUUUUCUUGUUCUUUCUCAAGUUACAAAACUCUAUUUGCUA